CGCGUUGCCCCGCCGAGCGGCAUCGGUCCUGCCACUCCUCAAACUCGGCUGGAAGCUGUCACCCCAGCGCCCAUGUGCCUUAUCUUUGAGUCCGGAGAGCCUUCCCUCUCCUGGACGGAGUGGGGGGUAAACACCGUCGACGGCAGCCCGGGAGACAACUUGAAAUAUUUCAGGGUUGUCCCUGCAGAACUUUCCCUUCCUUAGAGGGCUCCAAAGGGAGGGGUGUGGGGCGAGGUGGGAGACACCGGGAGAUGUCAGCAUUAAACUUCUUAGCUGACGCCGGCUCCAGGGCUCAGGCUGCGAAUCCGGCAUCAGUUGUUUUGGUUCGGUUUUUUUUUUGGUUGUGGGUUUGUUUUCUUCUUUUUACAAGUGGAAGAGGAUGGGGAGAAGGAGAAAUAAGAGAGAAAGCGAGGCUGGGAGCAGCUUCGCCAAAUCCACCUUCUAUUUGAAGGGAUUUCUUUUAAAAAAAAUCUAAGAUAAGUGGCAGCGAUUUUACAAAGGGGCUUCGAAUUAAAUUUCUCCUCGAGAAAGCUUAGCAAAACUCCCUGCUUAUCGGAGGAGAAGAAGAGACGCUCUUGAUCUCGACGAAGAUAAGAAAACGAGGCACCCCUCGGAUGGCAGCAAGCAAAAGAAAAAAAAUCUCAGAUGGCAGUUUAAGAAACAAUAGGAGGAACGGGAGCUGCGGCAGGCUCUGCUACAUCAAGUGUCAUUUUCCAGUGACAAGAGAGGCAAGUUUCCCCCCCCCUUUUCCCCUCUCUCUUUUCUUUCUUUCUUUUCUCCCUCUUUCUUCUCUCCCAGCCGAAGCGCUCUCUCCUCCCUCCUUCAGCCGCGCAGGAAGCGAGUUGCCGGAGCCGGGCGCACGCCGGGAAGGGAGCGAGAGGGGCGCACCCGCGGCGGGGACGGACAGACCGACGGCCGGAGGGAGACCCUGGGGCUCCCGGUGCCCGCGCCCCCUCCCUCUCCCGCAGCGCCGGGGCGGACUCGCCGUCUCUCCCUAUGGGAGCCACUUUGACUGUCCCCGCCGCCGAACACGAGCCCCGCAGCCCCGGCGGGCGGGGGGCGGGGCCCCGGUGAGGCCACGCCCCCUUUAUUUGCAUCGCGUCACCGCUCCCCCCCCUCCGCGCCCCCGCCGCCAAUGGCCGCGCGCGAGGCGCCGCUGCGGGGGCGUGGUCACGCCCCGUUCAUUAGCAUAGCCCCGCCCACGCGCCCCGGCCGGCGCGGGGGAAAGUUGCCCCGAAGCCCCCACGGGAACGGGGAGGGGGGGGCAUUAACGUUAACGCGAUCGCGCCUUUGUUCAUCAGCGAGGCGGCGGCGACAACCGGGAUGGGGGGCACGGACACCCCCGGCAGGGGCAGCCGGCGCUUCUCCCCUCUCUCUCCCCCACAGCCGGCGGGGACAAGCGGCAGAGCUAAUUGCCAGGGCAGCCCCGGCGGGUCCCAGCCGCUCCGCUCCGCCAGCGCCGGGCUGCCGACCCCGAGAGCGGCUGCCCGAAGCCGGGGAGCCCCCCUACCCGAGCCCGGCAGCCCCAGGAUGGAGAUGCCGCUCGCAGAGGCGUGAAACCCAGCGCAAUCCCGCUGGAAACGCGCGUGAGGUCAGACCCGGCCCGGGUCCCGCCACCUUCGACCCUGCGGAUCCCCAAAUCCCUGCCGAACCCCCAGCGCCCGCCCCGCUCCCGUGCGGCGAUGCGCUGCUUUGCGGCAAGAAACACCGUUUCAGAACAGGACGGUUCACGGAGAAAGUACGGGUUUUUGUUUCUAGCACCUGCACAUCACUGCAAGGGCCACCUGAGCUCGCAGCUAAACCUCGGCCAGAGAGCUCUGUCUCCGAUGCAGGCACACAGGCUGCUGCCAGCACCUCGGUGGCAACGAGACACUCUGCCUGAUCCUUGGCUCCAGGGGACUCCACACACAAAACAUCCACAUCCGAAGUAUGCGUGGAAGAACGCAGACAUACAGCCAUACAGGAAUAUUUACGCCAUAGGUAUUGCAUAGCAGCAGUUUGGCCCCUGCAGUGCUCCAGCUUACUAGUCUUCCUCAGGCUGCUGCUGUAUCGCUUGUAUCAUAUCCAG